UGUCGAGUGCCGAAUUUGGCUAAGCGCUGAUGCAACACAUUGACAGUUUCAUCCGGCGUCGACACGUUGUGGACCAUCCAAGCCCAGUACCCGUCGCGCCCACAGGACCACGCCAGCAUGGCCGAGCAGCUCAGUCCAGAGCAGAAGUUUGAGCUCAUCACCAGGAACCUGCAGGAGGUUCUGGGUGAGGAGAAGUUGAAGCAGGUCCUGCAGGAGAGGGAGUUGAAGGUGUACUGGGGCACGGCUACCACAGGCAAGCCCCACGUGGCCUACUUCGUCCCCAUGUCCAAGAUCGCCGACUUCCUCAAGGCCGGCUGUGAGGUCACCAUCUUGUUUGCUGACCUGCACGCCUACCUGGACAACAUGAAGGCGCCAUGGGAGCUGCUGGAGCUGAGGACGCAGUACUACGAGCAGGUCAUCAAGGCCAUGCUGGAGAGCAUCGGCGUCCCGCUCGACAAGCUCAAGUUCGUCAAGGGAACCGACUACCAGCUCAGCAGGGAGUACACUCUGGAUGUGUACCGACUCUCCUCCAUGGUAACGGAGCACGAUGCCAAGAAGGCCGGCGCUGAGGUGGUCAAGCAGGUGGAGCACCCGCUGCUGAGUGGCCUUCUGUACCCAGGACUUCAGGCUCUUGAUGAGGAGUAUCUGAAGGUGGACGCUCAGUUUGGGGGAGUCGAUCAGAGGAAGAUCUUCACUCUGGCAGAGAAAUACCUGCCGUCCCUGGGCUACGCCAAGCGCGUCCACAUGAUGAACCCCAUGGUGCCGGGGCUCACUGGCGGCAAGAUGAGCUCCUCCGAAGAGGAGUCCAAGAUUGACCUGCUGGACAGGAAGGAGGAGGUGAAGAAGAAGCUGAAGAAGGCGUUCUGUGAGCCCGGCAACGUGGAGAACAACGGGGUGCUGUCCUUCGUCAAGCACGUACUCUUCCCCCUCAACUCAGAGUUUGUGAUGAAAAGAGACCCGAAGUGGGGAGGAGACCAGGUCUACAAGGUGUUUGAGGACGUGGAAAAGGACUUUGCUGAAGAGAAAGUGCACCCUGGCGACCUGAAGGCGUCGGUGGAGGUGGCUCUGAACAACCUGCUCGACCCCAUCAGGAAGAAGUUUGAGUCUCCUGAGCUGCGCAAACUCACCAGCACGGCCUACCCAGCCCCCUCCAAACACAAAGCAGCGAAAGGCGGUAAAGGAGGAGGAGGAGGAGGGGGGGACGAUGACCAGGUCAUUCCCUCCAGACUGGACAUCAGAGUCGGCAAAAUCAUCAGUGUGGAGAAGCACCCUGACGCAGACUCGCUGUACCUGGAGAAGAUCGACGUGGGGGAGGCGGAGCCAAGGACGGUGGUGAGCGGCCUGGUGGCCUACAUUUCCCAGGAGGACUUGCAGGACCGACUGGUGGUGUUGCUAUGCAACCUGAAACCCCAGAAGAUGAGGGGGAUCGAGUCCCAGGCCAUGCUGCUCUGUGCCUCUGUUGAAGGUGACCCCAGGAGGGUGGAGCCUCUUGACCCCCCUGAGGGGUCGUCGCCUGGGGAACGGGUAUACGUGGAGGGCUACGAUUCAGGCAAACCUGAUGAUGAGUUGAAACCCAAAAAGAAGGUGUUUGAGAAAAUACAGGAGGACCUGAAGAUCUCUGGCACGUGUGUGGCUCAGUGGCAAGAAAAGGACCUGAUGACCAAACUGGGCCAGAUCACCUGCAGAACCCUCAAGGGAGGAAACAUCAGCUAGACACACACACACACACACACACACACACACACACACACACAUUCUCAUAACAACUGUGUCCUGCCUCACACUCAUCUGUCCAUAGCAAACUAUUUCCCAUCAGGCCGUUUCCGCUUGGCGUCGCUCAACCUGAGAUCGUGGGGUUGGAAGGUACUGAUGAAGACAACACCAACACCAGAUUGAUAAUCGUCCAUUCUGUCACAAAAGCUGUAAUCAACACCUGUCACUCAAACAAACAUUUCCUCCACACCUGAGUGAGGUGGUGAGCUGUCACCUGGGGCUCUCAUACCUGAGCUCACCUGCGGGUGGAACAAGUAGGUGUAGGUGUGUGUGUGUGAGUGUGUACAGCAGCACAGGUGUGUGUGGGACUGAACUGUAAGGUGUAUAUAAGUCCAUUGAUCUUGUUCAGCUCAUAGGAAUUCUCCAUGCUUCAUGACUCUGGGGGCGGGCCUGCACUGUAAACUGUUAUGUUGGCUUCUGUACCGGCACCAACUGGAAUGAAAUAAACUGGCUCAUAAUACAAACUACAUGAAAUAAACCGGUUCGUUAUACAAACUAUAUUAAAGAAAGUGGGCAAAUU